AUGACUACCUUACGACUGCAAUCCACACUCUUCGCUUUAUCCGUCUUCAUUGCCUCUUCAAACGCACAGCUGUACCAAACAGAUCGUCCAGGUCGGGCAGGGGCAAUAUUGGCAGGAUGUCUUUUCGGCGCGGUAGUGUUGAUAACCUUGCUAUGCAUCUUCUACGCCUAUGCACGACGUAGAGCACGCCGGAUCGAUCGCAUUGCGCCAUACGGUGCUUCCUCCUUACCUGAGAUUGCCUCAGUCGGCGUUUUUACACAUGUUCCGACUGGCCAAUCCUUUCGGCCUCUUUCUGGGGGUUGUGCAGAGUCAGAAAACCAUGCAAUGUCGAACUACGAGACUUCCAUAGGCGCUUAUAGAGCGAGGCAAAGUCGACAUCAUAGCAAAGCAUCCGCUUUUAGUAACCCGCCUGGUCUCGAGGUAUACAACCCUGAAUAUCCGCCUAUCAAUGCCCCUAUGCCUCCUCCGCCAUACCAAAGGCGCUCUAGUGGGGUCGUAUACCAUGCACCGGGCGAUGUGCGAGAAGACGUUGCUUGCGAGCCCUUGAACGAACCGGAGGAAGCACACAUCACCCGCAAUCACAAUCCAUUUCUGACGUCGACAUCAUGA